GACCACGUUGCUGCAGCUGGAAGACGGCGGGGAGCAAGCAUGGCCGCCUCCGCCAAGAGAAAACUGGCUGAGCUGAGCGUUGAUGAAUUCCUUACCUCUGGGUUUGAUUCCGAAGUGGAUGGGGAUUCGGGGGGAGAUGCUGUGGAUUCCGGUGAAGAAGGCGCAGGAAGAAAGCAAAGUCAGAACAGAAAGACCAGCGGCAAGAAGAAGGCAGCGCUUAAGUCUAAAUCUGCAGAAAAGAUACCCAAGAAGGGUAAAGCGUCAGAACACAAAGACCAGCUCUCACGGCUGAAGGAACGAGAUCCGGAUUUUUACAAGUUCUUGCAAGAAAAUGACCAGAUGCUACUCAAUUUUGAUGACUCCGACAGCUCAGACGAUGAGGAGGAACGCCAUGUGCUGCCUGAUAAACUGGAGAAGAAGUUGUCGCCCAGGCUCUUCCACAAUAUCACCCAGGGUUUCAGAGCCUGCGUGGUGACAGCCAAGGGGGACGCUGGAGGAUCAGAACCUGGCAAGUUCAAAGUCACCGAUAGCGCAGUGUUCAACACGCUGGUGUCCUUCUGCGUCCACGACCUCUUCAGCUUGCUACAUAAACUGCUUGAGGGGAAAGCGGGCAGAACCAGAUCCAAGAUGGUUGCGCCUUCUUCCAGCCCACUCUGGGGGAAGCUUCGCCUGGAUAUCAAAACACACCUUGGCUGCACCAUCCAGCUCCUGUCUUGCUUGACGGAGGCCUCGGUGACAACUGCCGUUCUUCACCAUGUCAACGCCAUCGUGCCUUAUUACCUGGCUUUCCCGAAGCAGUGCCGGAUGUUGCUCAAGCAAGCCGCGCAUCUCUGGAGCGCAGGCGAGGAAACUGCUAGAGUUCUGGCUUUCCUGGUGCUCAACAAAAUUUGCCGGCACAAGAAGGACGUCUACUUGAACCCGGUGCUUAAGCAAAUGUACAUUUCCUACGUGAAGAACUCCAGGUUCACUUCUCCCAACGCCCUCCCCAUGAUUAGCUUCAUGCAGCGGACUCUGACAGAGAUGUACGCCCUGGACACCGGCGUCUCCUACCAGCAUGCCUUCAUCUACAUCCGCCAGCUCGCUAUUCACCUUCGCAGUGCCAUGACGGUGAAGAAGAAGGAAAAUUACCAGUCCGUUUACAACUGGCAGUACAUCCACUGCCUGUACUUCUGGUGCCGCGUCUUGAGUACCAUCUACCCUAGCGAUGUCAUGGAGCCUUUGAUUUACCCUCUGGCCCAGGUCAUCAUCGGCUGCAUUAAGCUGGUGCCCACGGCUCGUUUCUACCCCUUGCGCAUGCACUGCGUUCGGGCUCUCACCCUGUUGUCGGAGAACACUCGGACGUUCAUUCCCGUUCUGCCCUUCAUCUUGGAGAUUUUCCAGCAGGUGGACUUCAACAAGAAACCGGGCCGCAUGAGUUCCAAACCCAUUAACUUUGCGGUCAUCUUGAAGCUCUCCAAUGCCAACUUGCAGGAGAAGUCCUUCCGGGAUGGCCUUAUUGAGCAGCUGUAUGACCUCACCCUGGAGUAUCUCCACACCCAAGCUUACGUGAUUGGUUUUCCCGAGCUAGCUCUCCCGGCCAUUCUCCAGCUCAAGGCUUUCCUGAAAGAGUGCAAGGUCGCCAACUACUGCAAGACCGUCCGUCAGCUCUUGGAGAAGCUGCAGGAGAACUCUGCCUACAUUACCAGCAAGCGCCAGAAAGCCAGCUUUGGUGUGGCCAACCGGGAGGCUGUGCUAGAAGAACUGAACUUCCCUGAGAUCAAGCGGAAGAAACCAGGCGAGCAAAAAGAGGAUGACAAGAAGGAGUUCAAGGACCUCUUCGAGCUGGACAGUGACUCGGACGAGGAGGAGGCCGGCAGCUUCUCUGUCAAAGAGAAAUCAAAGGUCAAGGAAUCGGAGGGCAGCCUAGAUAGCAGCAGCGAGGAAGAGGAUGAGGAAGGCCAGUAUGAAGUGGAGGAUGACGGCGAAGAGGAGGAGGAGGAGGAGGAAGACUCGAGUGAUUCAGACGGGGGAGGCGACAGGCCACAGCGGAGGGAGCACAAGGGUGCCAGGAAACAUCUGUCUCGGGCAGAGCUGCAGCAGCUGGCACAGGGACCCGAGGACGUUGUGGAAGACCUGGACUUCUCCGACGAGGAGGCAGCCGACUGACAGCCGGGGACGAGAGACAGCUGGGCUGGCUGAUUCCUGACGGGGGUGGUGGGAG